ACUUUUUUAUAACUUAAGGAAAUGUUACAGUGUGGUGUAGUAAUUAUUGGUAUCGUAUGUUUGUUGCCUGUUUGUAGUUACUGGCAAUUUUGCUAUCGAUCACCUGACCUUAGCCCAUUAUGGAAACAAUUGGGUGAAUGAUAGCUGUCAUUUCAUUUGCAUGUACUGUAGGUUCAUUGAUUAAAUGGACAGAUUCUUCAGGAUUCUAGAAGGUUCUUCAUUUUCAGUAGGACAAGAGCAACAGCAGCUUUGGCGGAGGUAGACAGAAAGGUGACUGGGGUUCCAAAGGAACCGUAUAUCGGACAAUGCUGAGUGGAUCCUGAAAGCACCACACAGGUCUCCCCAGCUGUGAUGAAACACAACCAGUCCUGCCCUUCUGGUGCCAACACCUCGUCAAGAUCCAACCACUGAGUCCCCGGCGCCGCCGAUCCCCCCCACGGCAACACUGACCGACUGUCCUCGGAAAGCGCCGUCCGUCCAACCGGGGAGGAUCCAGAGAUUAGCGGCGGAGGGAGGCACGCAUGCUGCACGGCGCUACAUCGGCGACGACGCUGCAGAAGACUGCGGGCUGGGUGACACAGAUUGGAUUUUUUUGCAAGUCAAAACAGUCCAAAGUCCUUCAAAUCUGAUCUUCUUGCAUCAGAUUCAGGUCAUAGCAGGAGGCGAGCUACGUCAUUCGUGUGCACGGGGAAAGAAGUAGCCCACCAGCGGAAGGGGAUAUUUCAUCACAACAUCCGGUUUCGUCUGGUCUGUGGAGAACCUACCGUGCGCCCCGUAGGCCCCAAGUGCCACCGCCGAAGCCCCGGAGAGAGCAGCUAGCCGGCGGACAACAACGGCGGUCAUGUUUGCCUCUACACAACCGGAAGACGAGCGACGGUGUUGCCUUCAUGUGCUUCGUUAGCAGCUGCUUGAAUUGGCUUUUUGAGGAGGGAAGAGGACACAAGAGGGGACAAGGCAGAGAAAGGACAUCACCGACUUGCCACCAGCCCAUGAGGACUUCAAUUGACCAGGUGCUGACGUAGAUGACGUCACCAGGACGGGACAUGACAGGUCGCAAGGGGAUGGACCAUAACGGGACCAUGGCUGUGGAAGCCAAUGAAAAAGCCUUGCCUCCGCACUGACCUGGCGCCCCCGCAGAGGACCGCCCACCCUCUCCAGCGCCCUCCUCAUCCAUGUUCUCCUUUCACAUGCAAAGAAGAGAGAAAAAGGUCCGUCAUGGCCGACUGGUGCUUGAUGGGCCUUGCCCUCUUCAGCCUGGCCUUCAGUCAAAAAGUGGACCCGUCCAAGCACCCUGUGGUCACCACCAACUACGGCAAGCUGCGAGGGAUCAAGAAGGACCUCAACAACGAAAUCCUGGGCCCGGUGGAGCAGUACCUGGGCGUGCCCUAUGCCACCGCCCCAAUCGGCGACCGCCGCUUUCAGCCGCCCGAAGCCCCGGGCUCGUGGCAGGAGAUCCGCAACGCCACCCAGUUUGCCCCCGUGUGCCCCCAAAACGUGCACGGGGUGCUGCCGGAGAUCAUGCUGCCCGUGUGGUUCACAGACAACCUUGACGUGGCGGCGGGCUACAUCCAGAACCAGAGCGAGGACUGCCUCUAUCUCAACGUCUACGUGCCGACCGAGGAUGGUCCGCUCACAAAAAAACAUGAUGAAUCUUCAGCCAACAAGCCUCGAGAUGAAGACAUUCGCGACCGCAGGAAAAAGCCGGUGAUGCUGUUCAUUCACGGAGGCUCCUACAUGGAAGGCACUGGAAACAUGUUUGACGCCAGCGUGCUCGCCGCCUAUGGCAACGUCAUCGUGGUGACCAUGAACUAUCGUCUUGGGGUGCUGGGUUUUCUCAGCACCGGCGACCAGUCGGCCAAAGGCAAUUAUGGCCUCCUGGACCAGAUUCAGGCGCUGCGCUGGCUCAACGAGAACAUCGGCCACUUCGGAGGAGACCCGGAGAGGAUCACCAUCUUUGGGUCGGGAGCUGGGGCGUCCUGCGUCAACCUCCUCAUCCUGUCCCAUCACUCAGAGGGGCUCUUCCACAGGGCCAUCGCCCAAAGUGGAACAGCCAUCUCAAGCUGGUCGGUAAACUACCAGCCCUUGAAAUACACCAAGAUCCUGGCCCGCAAGGUGGGCUGCACCUACACCGAGACCGCCGACCUGGUGGACUGUCUGAGGCGCAAAAACUUCAGGGAGCUGGUGGACCAGGACAUCCAGCCGGCUCGCUACCACAUCGCUUUUGGCCCAGUUGUGGAUGGAGAUGUGGUACCCGACGAUCCUGAGAUCCUCAUGCAGCAGGGGGAGUUCCUGAACUAUGACAUGCUGAUCGGUGUGAAUCAAGGCGAGGGGCUGAAGUUUGUGGACGACAGCGAGGACAACGACGGCAUCUCAGCAGCGGCGUUUGACUACACCAUCUCCAACUUUGUAGACAACCUCUACGGCUACCCCGAAGGCAAAGACAUCCUGAGGGAGACCAUUAAGUUUAUGUACACGGACUGGGCAGACAGGGACAAUGGCGACAUGCGGCGAAAAACCUUGCUGGCGCUGUUUACGGACCACCAGUGGGUGGCGCCAGCCGUGGCCACGGCCAAGCUCCACGCCGAGUUCCAGUCGCCUGUUUACUUUUACACCUUCUACCACCACUGCCAGACCGAGACGCGGCCCGAGUGGGCUGACGCUGCCCAUGGCGACGAGAUACCCUAUGUUUUUGGUGUGCCCAUGAUCGGCGCCACAGACUUGUUCCCGUGCAACUUCUCCAAGAACGAUGUAAUGCUGAGCGCUGUGGUGAUGACAUACUGGACCAACUUUGCCAAAACUGGGGAUCCCAACUUGCCGGUGCCCCAGGACACCAAAUUCAUCCACACCAAGCCCAACCGCUUUGAAGAAGUCAUCUGGACCAAGUUCAACUCCAAGGACAAGCAGUAUCUUCACAUUGGCUUGAAACCCCGCGUCAGAGACAACUACAGGGCUAACAAGGUGGCCUUCUGGCUGGAGUUAGUGCCCCAUCUUCAUAAUCUGCAUGACGAGCUGUUUCCGACCACUCCCCGCUCCCCACUGGGCCCGGGAAGCGGCCCCGGCACACCUAGAACCAGAACUACAGGCCCUCGCACCACUCACCGCCCCUACCCUACCUUCCCUUAUGACCCGGAGCCUGAUAGUUCCGAGCGUCCUCCUCGGGUUCUUUUUCCCGGUGACACCCGCGACUACUCCACGGAGCUGAGCGUGACGGUCGCCGUGGGAGCGUCCCUCCUCUUCCUCAACAUCCUCGCCUUCGCCGCCCUCUACUACAAACGCGACAAGAGGCACGAGAUGCGGCGCCACCGUCUCUCUCCUCAGCGGGGCGGCCCCGCCAAUGACCUGGCCCACAGUCAGGAGGAGGAGAUCAUGUCUCUGCAGAUGAAGCAUUCCGAGCAUGACGCUCACCACGACAUGGAGCCCCUGCGGCCCCACGACAUCCUGCGCCCAUCGUGCCCCCCCGACUACACGCUGGCGCUACGCCGGGCCCCAGACGACGUGCCUCUGAUGACACCCAACACAAUUACCAUGAUCCCCAGUACCAUAACCAGCAUGCAGCCUCUCCAUGCCUUCAACACUUUCCCUUCCACAGGUCACAACAAUACCCUACCACACCCCCACUCCACCACCAGGGUAUAGUAUGGCCUGACCUGACACAGCAGCACCCAAGGAAGACUGGCCGUGCUAAUCAUCGAGAAGUCCCCUGGAUGUGAGGUUUGACUGUCCAAGAACUACUCCACCUCCUCCGUCUUGUGCUGCCAAGCUGAGCAGCGCCCUCCAACGGUGGCAUGCGGAGAUGCAACUGAACUGCAAUGCAGCAAGUUUGGGAGAAACUACUUUUUUCAAGGAGGGUUUUCAAACCAGAGCCCCUUACCAUUUCUUGAAUGGACCUCUCGCCUUUUUAUUCUUUAUUGAUGUCUUGCUUCAUUCCAGAGUGUGUCAUUCUUAUUUUUCCUACAUCUGAAUCCCGCUUUUGACAUGUGGCCCUUAUGUCCAGUACUCUAUUGGACUAAAAGGCUUGGUAAUCUUAUAUCUUCUACUUUCAUUCUACCAGCAUUCUUGGUGCCAAGGUCAGAGUUGCAUUCUAGUGAAGAAGAAAAACAGCUACUGUAUAUUUACUGUCCACUAACAAACGUGACAAAAGUGCCAAACUGGCCCUUGAUUGUGAUUUCCUUUUCUUCCACCGCUUGUCUCUGUCUUUUUACCAUGUCCUUAAUUGUUGUUUCAUAUGUGCAAACAACUUUAGUUUUUGCUGAAAUUAUAUAGAGAAAUUAUAUAUAUAGUUAUAUACGUGUACAAACUAGAAAGUCUAUCGUUUUGCGGUUGGGGGGGGGGGGUUUAUGCAUGAAUUAUUUUUCUUAGGAGGAACAUGAGGGUGGAGGACAGUGUAGCCGCACGUUUCCCCCCAAAAACCAACAAAAGCGCUUCACCUGGUUCAGAAAAAAAUCUUCAUCUCCUUCAUGUCUGGUGUUGAUAUUAAGACAGACACGCCUGUGUUGUGCUGAUGCAACCAGUAGCAAGCCCAUUCGUAUGACUGGUGCUGCCUUUUCUUACCAUCUGUGUGUGCCUGGUCCACACGUGGUCCCUGCACCGACCCAAAGAGUGUGUGUAAUAUCAUAAUGUGACCGGCAUGAUUCUCCCACUUGUUUUAAUGCUUUCCUAAUCGGGUCACUAACGGUUUGGGUGAGAAGACAGAAAGCACACACAGAGAGUCUGCGUACAAAGGGGAAGGUGGUGAAAGGUCUGCCCUUUUCUCGAGUCCCUAGUGCUGUUGUUGCUUGUGCGCUAGCCUGUUUGUUUCUUCUUUGUUGUAUUCCCCUGCGUCUUUAGAGUGUUGCGAUAUGUGCACAACGUAAACACCAAGCAGUCUACUUGGAUGAGCUUGAAAAAUUCGACGGGCUGCAAAGAAAAAGAGACUUUGCAGAAAGCCUUAUACUAAUGGACGCACCGCUCUGACGUGGAAAAGGCACGGCCAUCUUUGUAUCUUAUGGGUUUGUCGAGAUGAUACCUUUUGCAGCGCCGUUCUUUGGAUGGCAUGCUUUCGUAGCUCUGUGAGGUCAGAGGGAGUGAGGGGCCAUGAGGUGACACUGCAGGACAGAGCAAACAACUGCAGCCUUUUGGGGCCCGGGCUGUUUUUAUUCCUCGUCUAUUUUAUAAACUGCCACUGGAGGGCGCCAUCGCGACAGAUGUCUGCAAAGGGGAGACAACACAAGACACACAAAACCUGCAAGAGAAUCAAAACUGUACAUUUUUAAGAGUAUCAAACAGAUAUAAAUAUUUGUAAAUAUUCAGUUUCUUGUUAGUUUUUUUCUUUUUUGUUGAGUGAAUGAAUGAAAUGCAAUUAUAAAAGACAACAGGUGCAGUUUGCAAAGAAAGGGCCACUAUAUUGACAUUAUAUUGUUCUCUUUGGGCCAUGUGGACUUUUUGUAGCAUCCCACACUGGAAAGUCACUCUAGCAAAAAUGCUCUAUGCUGGUUUUAUUUAGAAAAAAAAUACCACUUUGUAUCAGUGCUUUGGUUGUUGCGCUCUUUUAUUUCCUCCCAAGCUUUUACUUUGGAAGUUCACCUUUAGAUUAAAGCAUAUAUGCAUCAUUUUGGGAAUAUGUCAAGUAAAAGCCAGUUUUGCCUUUCUGCCAGUUAACCCACAUAAUGGGUGGGGGGUGGGUGUUAAGGGAACCUGGUUCAUGUUGAGAACUUUCAAAGCGAGACAAGGCCCUUGAUUAGAAGUUAGCUCACUUCCCAUGUAGCCAUGUUUACAUGAAGCCACUUUAUUGUGGGGUCCGUACAUGAGGGCUUUAAUACCAUAAGAUGCCUCACACACGCAUUAUUAAAGAGAUCUUACAGUUAUGUUACUGUCCGCACACUGUGUUAUGUUAAUGAUGACGGGACUACUUUCAUACUCAUGAACAAAAUCUAAGUCAUCUAUUGGAACUUGGUCAAUGGUACCCGCUACCACUCAACAGCACACACAUUUUUGUGUAUUCACUCAACUUCCUGCUCGUAUUCCGAUGCAAAGUUGCACCUGUUGUCUAUGUCAAAAAAAAUGAAUAAAAAACCCAAGAUUUCUGUUGAGAAGAACAUUGUUGCGUAAUGGAAUUUUGUGAGAAAUGCUUAUUUUAAAAAGUGUCGGGGGGAGUAUAAUUAAUUGAGGUGAUGUUUCUGUUUACUUUAGAGGUUAUCUACUGUAUGCUGUGAUUCUGAUCUGGGAAACAUUAAAUACGUUCAU